AUGCCGUACUCGCCUACAGCGUCUGCAGCAGCUGCCAGAGACAUGACGGGCGGCUCGACAACCAGCGGCAGGACAAACGAUAGCAUCGACUCGUCCUCCGAUCGCAAGUCGUCGACAAACUUGGAUACGCUCCCCGUGAUCGCCACCGGUGAUGGCCCCACGAUCGUCAGCAGCAGCGCAGGUGCGAGCGAUUCGAGCAACAGGUAUGGCGGUACCAUCACCAACAACAACGGUGGCGCCGUCGGCAGCAGCGGCGAACAACUCACCCCGAUCGAAGGACUUAGAAGGCAUUCAUCUGUGUCCAUCCAACUGCCGCGUAAUCCACUGCUGCCCCAGGGCAAAGAGAAGUCCAUCGACAAGGGAAGACUGCGAAAUGCGUCUCCCAAGCCAAACAGUUUGGCCGUCACGAUUCACACAGCAGCUGGUCGAUGCGACGAGAUGCAGCAGAUAAAUCUGGUCGCCACAUGCACGAUUGACGGCACUCAGCAUAUGACGACCAUCUGA